GAGAAAUCAGCUCUUUGAAGGCUUGUGGCGGUGUUGAACGGCCUGAGAAGGCCGCAAGGAGUCUGUCGAUAUCGUUGAUCUACCUCUCAAAGCAUUGGUACGUCAUUGGCGAUGCAUUCACAACCAAGGCGCCGUCCGUGAGAGCUGCAUCCCUCAUCCAUCCCAUUCCACAGCUUUCUCGGCAACAAGUGGUGCGGAUGAUCUGUCGCUGCGAUGAGUGAACGCCUCUCAAUGUUGUCUCGAAGGGUGCGACAGCGGCUCUCCCGACCACCACCAUUAUCUGCGGCCUUCAGCUGCCCUCCCACGCAUUCAUCAUUCCCGCCGCCCGUCCACUCAUCGCGAGUGCAUCAUCAUCGCUUCGUUGCAACGCUCCCUGAACAGAGCACUCAGUGGCAGGACCCCCACGGGUUCCCCGAUGGUGCCUUCUGGUCGAUAGAUCCCCGCUACCACGUGGAGCAGGGCAGCAAGGAGUACGUCAGGCCGCCCACCGCCAACCAGCCCAGCAAGCCACAGAGCAAGAGGCCCCUUUCUCCUGGCGAGUGGGAGAGGACGGUGUGGGGCGGGAGGCCGGCGGAGGAGCUGCCUGAGGACGGGCCGAUUGACGUCUGGGAUGUGGGUGUUGACGGCAUGUCGUUCGAGAAGCUGUGGGAGCUUUUCUGUGACAUGAUCGGGCCGCAAGAGGUUUACCUGGAGAGAACCAGGAUGGCUGACCCCUCAGACCUAAGUCAAGACACGGCCACUGAAGAGGGAGGAGGCGAUACAGCAAAGGCUACUGCCACUAUCUACCUUCCUGUGAUGAGCCAAGAGGUCGUCAGCACUGCUCGGGCCGUGUGGCCGGCCGAGCCAGCCCCUGACCUCUCCGUCAAAGUCAAACCUUCAUUGGUGGCCCUCUGCUUCCCUCCCAUCCUCUUCCUGCGCUACGGCGGCAAUGGGGUGAUCGCCGUGGACCUUUCAGCUCCCUCGAUGAGGAGUGACGGCCAGAAUGUGUCGCUGUUCAACAACCUUCUGCAGCCGCACAUCAAAGGGCUGCAGCUGGGGGAUCUGACCAACGUCAUGGCGGCCUUGGGCGCCCUGGCUGUGCCCCGGGUGUUCAAGAGGGCCGACAGCAUGAGGGACCUCGAGACCAUCAAGAUGGAAAAGCUGGCCGACGCCAUGCUCGCAAGGUGUGUGUCACCGUUUGUGGAGCGGCUGCUGCAAGCGGGGUCGGUCAACAAGCAGACUGGCGAGCUCGAGUCGCUGGUGCUUGGCCUCUCGCUCUCUGGCAUGAUCCGCAUGUACGAGGGGAUCGUUCAGAGCGGUUAUGCCGUCCACUUUGCGGCGAGGUGGCGGGACGUGCAGGCGAUGAUUUGCUCGCAGAUGCGGACCCACUGCGACCGACUGCCCCUCUAUCGCAUUGCGGCCCUGUUCCAGAGUGCAGCCACCUUUGCGCGUGUCGAUCGGCCGCUGGUGCUGGCCUUCACCGACUACGUGUGCGGCAUCGUGGACGGUCUGCGGCCGAACGUCAUGACGGCGUUCGUCCUGACUGUCGGGUCGUCUCGUGACGCGUUGGACGAGUUCUGGAUGUUCCUCAUGGCCAAGAGGGUGCAGGACAAGGGAGAGGUACAGACACAUGCAUGCAGAGACAGACGCGGGACGGGAGGGCUGCGUUCCUCGAUGAGUGAUUAUUGGGUCUGUUUGUUGUGACAUGUGAUGGCUGAUGGCCAUGCAUGGCUGAUGACUCAGGCGUAUUCGCCAGCGCAGCUGACGCCCAUUCUCAAGACCUAUGCCGACGCCGGGCUGGAGGUACCAACAACACACAACACACAACACAGAACACACAACACACAGAACCGCCUCUACAUAGCUGUAUGCGUCUGAUGUGGCUAGGAUGAGGAGUUUUACACGCGGAUGGCGAGUGUCGUCAAGGGCAAGUUCUACGAAUUCACACCCGUGCAGCUCAUGAGGAUGAUUUCCGCCAUGGAACGGGUCGGUAGCUGGGGGGGUGGUUGGCGGUCUGGCCAGACACAAGCAAACACCACACCACACGCCACGAUGAUGCACACAAUCAGUCCGCCCGCUGUAUCUGCCUCUUUCCAGGUCCGUUAUCGCGACGAGGACCUCUUGAAGGCUUCCCUGCAGAGCCUUGACAAGUUCUUCGCCCACUGGCUGUCGACCGACAGGGACGUCAAGAACAAGCCACCGAGAAUCAGGCGACUCAGAUCAUGUGCGCAACCCACAGACGUCAGCUCGGUAAUGCAAUGGACCGGGAAAUGAGUGUGCGGUUUUUCUCGCGCAGGUCUGGUGGCCAACACCCCAUGGCAGCCCGUCACGGCUCUGCAGGACGGCAUGACAGAAGAUGAUACUGACAUUGAUGAGCCGGCAGCCGUCAAGAAGUCCGAUCCGACAGAGGCGGUGGUGAUGGCCGACACGCGAGGCCUCAUCGAGCGGGCCAGGGCGGAAAACGCCGACUUCAUGACGGCUGGCGGGGAGCACUCGGAGGAGUUCUACGCCCUGCCGGACCAGCUCUCGGCGGUGGACCUCUGCAACCUGGUGAGGGCUGCCGGCCAGCUGGACUAUCGCGUCAUCGAUGAGCCGGUCCACUGCUGGAGGGCUGUUGCGCUGGCCUUGAGGUCAACGUCUCUCAACGUCUUCAGGGAUUCCACUCUCGCCUCCAGCCUGAUCAUUCUACAGGUGGGGAGGGCAGCCAGCCGGCCAGACAGAAAUCUAGAAAUCGUGAUGGAAUGGAAAACUGUCUGUCUGUCUGUUUGCUUGGCGGUGUGUAGGGUGAGGCGGCCCGCGAGAUCCUGCCUGCCUGGCUGGAUCUGGUGCUCAAGCAGAAAACGCGAGACACACGAAGGGAGCGGACAGCAGCCAGGAGGUCAAAAGGGCCUUUCACUCACGACAGGCGAUGCAUCCUGGUACACGUGUCAUGUGUUUCUGCAGGCAAGUAGUGCUGCAGCAGGCUGUGCGAUACGGCCUGAUCGAGCCCCUUGAGCCACGUGUGCAGCAAACACUCGAUGAGAUCGCUCCCCAAGAAGAGGUCACAAAAGCACCGACAGAAGAAGGCCUCCCACAUCCGUUUUGCUCUGGUUCCUUCAGAUGGACUCAAUCAUGGGACCCUCUGACCGUGGGGCUCCCCUGGAGUCGUCGUCGAUGCACCUGGAGGUCGCGGCGUGCCUGUCGGCGCUCGACGUGUUCCACGAGAAGGAGAUCCCCGUCACCCCCUACACCAUGGACAUCAUCAUCCCCUCCUCCCACGAGCUCGAGACCAAGGUGGCAUACCUGCCGCUCCGCUCUCUGCAGCCGGCAGGGCCCACACAGCCGAUCUCUAUUGCCAGCCUGAUGGACCUCGUGCACAGCGUGCCGCACUCAGUGAGGUCGCAAUCGCUGGUCGGGAGGGCCGCGGCGGGGGCUGACAGGGCUGGGGGUGCGCGUGUGAGUGUGCCAAGAAACGGCAGUCUGGGUGCGGGUGUGAGUCCUGGCGCAAGUGACUUCGAUCGCGGCAAUCAAAGUGACUUUGUGCAGUGGAGUGGCUAUGUGGAGCCUCACGCACUGGGCGUGACGACUACUGAGGGGUAGGGUGCGAGUGUUU